AUGAAGAAUUUGAUAGUGAGACAACGCGCUAGCCGUGUUUUGAACGUUCUGGAAAAUCAAACUACAAACUUGAGUGACUUAAACACAUUGUAUGCCAUUGAUUCAAGCAAUGAUGAUUUCUAUAUACUUUCAAAUAAUAAAUUGUGUAAAGUCCCAUCGAAUCGUGUAGAGAAUACAAGUUUCUUUGACAUUGAUGAAAGUUUAGAAUUCAUCAGCUUGGAAUAUUGUAGCAUGACACAGGAGUUGUAUGGUGCCUGUAAAUCAGGUAGUAUUCUGAGAUUGAGCGUAGAACCUGAGUUCAAAUACGAGUUGAUGACUGACUUGAACACAGACUUGCAAUGCAUGAAACUAAGCCCUGAUCACGAAAUGAUUGUAUUGAUCACAGUCCAUGGCAUUGUGAUUACAAUGGUAUCUACGUUUCAAAUAAUCUCAGAAGUGGAUUUGCACACACAACAUUUUGGUCAAAAGCAAUUUGUAACUGUUGGCUGGGGCAAGAAGGAGACUCAGUUUCAUGGCUCUGAAGGAAAGAAAGCAGCAAUAGCUAAACCAACAGAAAUCAAUGAAAAUAACAUAGACGAUGGUUCUUACAGAAUAACUUGGCGCGAGGAUGGUUCAUUGUUUGCUGUUGGUUUCUUACAUUGUAGGAACAAAGUUAGACAGUUUAAGAUAUUCAACAGAGAAGGUAUUUUACUAUACACAAACGAGGCUGCUAAUAGUUUAGAAGAGUCAUUGUCGUGGAAACCAUCUGGGAGUUUAAUUGCAACGACACAAAUUUCGCAAAACAAACACCUCGUUGCGUUCUUUGAGAAGAAUGGUUUAAAGCAUAAGGAAUUCUCACUUCCGUUUAAACCAAAAGAAACCAGAGUGAAAGAUUUAUUUUGGUCUCCAGAUUCAGAAAUUUUGACCAUUUGGUGUCAGAUUCAGGCAGAUUGUUCUUCAGUUCUACAACUAUGGACAGAAAAUAAUUAUCAUUGGUAUUUGAAACAAUCUAUUAAAUUUCCCACGGAUAAUUCGCUUGUACAUGCAACGUGGAGUACAACGUCUUGUUCCAAGAAGUUGAUCAUUCUGACAUGUAAAGAACUUAUCACUUGCGACUAUAAUUGGUCCGUUGAUCACAGUAGAGGCAUAACUGUGCGUGAUAAGUCUGUUGUUGGAGUUAUUGAUGGAAAUAAAUCGCUAAUGACCGGACUUAGAGCAGGAGUUGUACCACCACCAAUGGCACAUCAAAUUUUAGAAACUUCUGAAUCCAUAAACGUUAUUGCUUUUGCACCAGAUAUAAAAGAUAAAGCUACUUGGAUGGAUAGUAACACAUUCUUUUGUGUUACUGCCAGUAAAAAAUUAAUAUUUUACAGACAUUUAGUGGAUUCAUGCCUCUUAGAGUAUGAACAUAUCGGAACAUAUGAUAUUAAGUGGGAUAUUACACUGGAAUGUGAAAGUUCCUUCUACGAUAUGCAUCACUUUUUAUGGCUUAACGAGAAUAAUGUUUUGUGUUCAUUAUCAAUGAACGAACAGAGUUUCUUAUGCGUUUUGACGUUAAAUGCGAUAGACCAAACUCAGGGACAAGUGCUACUGAGCCAAAUGCACAUUAUGGAUGGUUUAAUUCAACAUAUAGUUCCUUCUCCUGAUUCAGACGAAGCCUAUAUAAUUGUGGACAAUUCUAUUGUAAAAUAUACAAGAGAAACAGAACUAGUUCCGAUCAGUAUAGAGUUGCAAAAAUAUACCUAUAAAGUGGAAGUUGUGAAAGUUAGUGGGAAACACGUGAUACUGUCAUUAUAUCAUAGAAAUUGUUUCGCAGUUAAUGGAAAGCAAAUUGCCAAUAACAUCACAAGCUUCUUCGUUCAUUCAGAAUUUUUGCUUCUCACAACUGCACAAAAUACUUUAGUAUGCGUUCAUUUGAACGAGAGUGAUUUUGAAGAAUUAAUGAAGCAAGAUUUGACUGUGAAGCCAUGGGAGAAUGAACUUAAUGAUAAAUCAUUCUUAGAUACGAAUAUUAGAAGAUUGGAGAGGGGAUCUCAAUUGAUUGCAGCUAUUCCAAAAGAUUCUAAGACCGUUUUGCAAAUGCCUCGUGGAAAUCUGGAAUGCAUUCAACCAAGGACAUUGUCUUUACAUAUCAUCGGAUAUCACUUAGACAAUUGCGAUUAUUUAUAUGCCUUCGAUCUAAUGCGAAGACAACGGAUAAACUUGAAUUUGAUUUACGAUCAUAAUCCAGAGAAAUUCAUCGAGAAUGCAAGCAAAUUCGUAAACCAGAUUUCCAAAGUAAGUUGGUUGAGCUUAUUUCUGUCCGAGUUAACAGAUGAGGAUGUUACCACGACAAUAUAUGCAAAUUAUUACCGAAGACAUCGAUUAGAAUCAAACAAUCUCCAGCUGAACAAAAUCGAGUCGAUUUGCGGUUUAUUGCGGAAUAUAAUGGAAGAAAGAAAUAGCGCCAAUCAUUUAAUCCAGCCAAUAUUAAUCAGCUUAGUGAAAGACAAAAGAAAGCAAGGGAUGGAAGCUGCGCUUACAAAAAUUAAGGAAAUUCAAAAGCUAGAGGAUAAAUGUACGGAAAACAAAGAGCGUAUCUCUGACGAAGCGUUAAAAUAUUUAUUAUACAUAGUGGAUGUGAAUGUCUUAUUUGAUAUAGCUUUAGGAAUGUACGACUUUGAUCUGACUAUGUUCAUUGCCUCUAAAUCACAAAAAGAUCCCAAGGAGUAUAUUCCAUUUCUAAAUGACUUCAGAAAUCUUGAUGAGAAUUAUAUGAAAUAUUCUAUAGAUUUAUAUUUGAAACGUUACGAAUCCGCUCUUGAACACAUUGCAAAAGAACCGAAUAGAUUUAACGAGGCUGUAAGUUUGAUAAGUAAUCAUAAUCUGUAUACGAAAGCUUUAAAAUUAUUUGAAAAGGAGAGCAAAGAGUACAAGGAGGUGGCGAGAAUUUAUGGUGAAUUUUUGUUGAAAAAGCAAUGCUAUUACGAGGCCGGAAUUAUGUUCCGCAGAAGUGGCGAUUUAAAAGAAGCUUUAAAUGCUUAUAGAUUAGCUACUAGCUGGCGAGACGUUAUUAUCCUAUCUACUCAGAUGAAGCUAAGUGAAGCAGAAAAAAAUGUGAUUUACCACGAUCUUGUAAAACGUCUGGAAACUGAUAAAAAGUACGAUGAAGCUGCGUAUAUUUUAAUGAACUAUUUAAGAGAUACAACGGAAGCUAUAAUCUCUUUAUGCAAUGGCAAACAAUGGAAAGAUGCUCUAAGAAUCGCACAUGAUACCAACAAUUUAGAAUUUAUAGAAUCUCAUAUAAAACCAGGCGUAUAUGAAUACGCGGAUCACGCGCUAUCUCAAAUACGAAAAAAUAAACAGGAUUUUGAACAACAUAAAUCGCGUCUUGCAACAGUCAGGCAUAAUAUUUCUCAAAGGAACACAAAAUCGUACAGUGAAAUCCUUUGUGACAACGAGUCGAUUUACGAUAAAGGCAUUUCAGAUAUUCUUAGCGAUACGAGUAGUGUUGUUGGUUCAACUUCGAGUCAAAUGUCAAAAUCGUCUACUAUGUCUGGAAAAAGUUAUAGAUCAAGCAAAAAUCGACGAAAACAGGAAAGAAAGCUUUUAAGCUUAAAAGAGGGCAGUGUGUUCGAAGAUCUAGCAUUGAUACAAGCUUUGUAUCAAAUUAUCAGCAAUACAUACAAAGAACAGAAUGAUAUGCAUAUAUUGAUACAAAUGCUUGUACAUUUCGAUGACGAUGAAUAUGCCAAAAGUAUACAAAAUUGUAUGGAAGAGCUGCUUUUAACAAUAGAAAAGAGCAAAUCUGAAAUCUGGGAUAAAUCUGCACCUUCAAGUUUAACAGAAAUGGAAAAUGUAGAAGUUACGACGUCGAUGGGUUCACAGGGGUUUUCUGUCUGCUACAAAUUAGUUGAACCUUAUAUUGUACGUCCACCGGUAGUUAAUUCUUCACCUUGGAAAAUGAACAUAUUUUAAUAAUUAAUUGCAAUAAAUACUUUCGUAAAAUAUAAUUUUGGAUUAUAUCUUACAAUUAUAUUCUUCCUGCUUUCAAAAAAAUACUAUUUAUUUCUCUUUAUUUUUCAUUUAUUUAAUAAAUUUCUAAGUUAUCCAUCGAUAAUUUUUCUAUAAGUAUAUAUAUAUGAAAUAAAAUAUGUUACAAUAAUUAUUAUAAUUUAUAACAAAGUUUUGCGAGGAAAACUCGCAGCCUUAUGAUAAUUCCUCGACUUAUAAAGUAAACGUUUCGAUACAAAUUUAAAUAUACAUACUGUAAUGUAAUAUUUAAAUUUAUACAAAUGAUAUGAUAACUUAAAAAAAACAUUGUUACAGUUUAUUUUCUAUUGAAAUUUUUUUUUAUACAUAAAUUUUAUACAAUAUUUACGUUCGAAAUGCUGUCUGGCGAAACGCCAGAUAUGAACAAAUACGUUCAUCGAUAUAAUAUUUGUGAAAAUAUCGAUAUCAAAGUAUAGAUUAUUAAUAUCGUCUGUAACACUCGGAUAUUUCCAUAUAUUAACAUUUAAAACUAUUUAUAGAACUAAUAUCAAAAUAAAAAUGUUUUUAUAAUCACGAAUAAAAGUUAAAAUUUCUUCAAUA